GAGGAAGCGAGGGACGGAGGAUUUCCCAAGCGGCUUUGGCUCAGCAGCAUGCUUCGCAGCGCCCGCGCCCUUCGGUGGCGGCCGCUCUCGUCCACGGCGUACCCGUCCAUGUCCAAGCUCAAUGGAAUCGAUGCGCAUGGCACGCGGCGGCCUCGCGCCUACGCCUACGCGCAGCACCGCGACCUCAAUGACUCCAAGCACCGCACCGAGCAUUUGCCCAAGUCGCAUCGGCUCAAGGACGGCCGCCCGGUCAUCACGGUUGUCGGCGUCGGUGGCGCCGGUAGCAACGCUGUCAACAACAUGAUCUCGUCACAGCUGGAAGGCGUCGAGUUUGUCGUUGCCAACACGGACUGCCAGGCGCUCGCGCGCUCGCUCGCCCGCCGCCAGGUGACCUUGGGCAAGGACAUUACGAAAGGUCUUGGCGCCGGCUCCAAGCCAAACCUCGGCAAGAGCGCGGCCGAGAGCAGCCGGGACGAGAUCAUGGCGCACUUGGACGGCAGCAACAUGAUCUUCAUCACGGGCGGGAUGGGCGGUGGCACCUGCACGGGCGCCGCGCCCGUGAUCGCAAGCGUCGCGCGCGAAAUGGGCAUCUUGACGGUCGGCGUCGUGAGCACACCGUUCCGGUCCGAGGGGCCGAACCGAUCGCGGCUGGCGCUGGCCGGCGUGCAAGCGCUCGCCGCCGCCGUCGACACGCUCAUCGUCGUGCCCAACCAGAACCUCCUCGCGCUCUCGACGCCCGAUACGACCAUCGUAGACGCCUUCCGGUACGCGGACGCAGUGCUGCUCGAGGGCGUCAAGGGCGUGACGGACCUCAUCGUCAAGCCGGGUCUUAUCAACUUGGACUUCGCCGACAUCAACACGAUCUUGAGCAAGGCCGGCCGCGCCAUGAUGGGCUCAGGCCAAGCGACGGGCGACGACCGAGCGCAGGUCGCUGCCCACGCCGCGCUCAACAACCCGCUCCUCGGCGAGCUCCCGAUGGACUCUGCGUCCGGGCUCCUCGUGACGAUCCGCGGUGGCGAGGACAUGACGCUCUUCGAGGUUGACGCGAUCAUGAGCAUCAUCCGGGGCUGCGUCUCGGAAACGGCCAACAUCAUCUUUGGGACGUGCUACGACCCGUCGAGCGAAGGCUCGAUCCACGUCUCGAUCAUUGUGAGCGGCAUCAAGACCGACAACUGGUCGCCACCCGCGGGCAAGGGCUCGGUGCCCAAGCAGCAGCCGCGUGUGUCGCGUGGCGACGCCGAGCCGGGUACUCCCGCAAAGGAGCCAGGGUUCUUGUCCAAGUUUUUUCAGCUAUAAUCGACCAACUUGGCCAUUGUACUAUGUUGUUGCCCA